AUGGAUUGUUAUGUGCUGUUUGGUUCCAUGGAAAUUCUGAGAAAAUCCUUCAAAAUUCUCUUCCAAAGUGGGAGGCUCAUGUCCAUCAUUGUUUCACUCACUUUUCUCCUAUACUCCCUUUUCUAUUUCGCUAACUUAUUCUCCAUCAAACCAUUAUCCAACGAUUUGGCCAUCAAGCUAAUAUCUUUAUACACUACAACCCCCACCAGCCCUAACUUCAUCAACCUCCUCAUUGGCAUCAAAGAAGAUUUUGGAGCUCUCUUGGGAGUCGAAUUGGCUUUCGUUCUUGCUUACUCCAUCGUCUCACUCUUCUCUGCCGUCGCCACUAUUCUUGUAUCAGCUGAAACCUUGUGCAAGAAUCAAAACUUUUCCCUCCAUGAUUUGAUUUCGAGGUUAAGGAGGUCAUGGACGAGGCCAAUAGUUACUUCCUUUUACACAACACUUCUUGGCGUGGGUUACACAUACAUUUUCUUGGCUGUACUGAUUCCUAUACUAAUGAUUCUUUAUCCUUCUGUCCCUGCAAAACCUAUUGCCAUUGUGCUUGCUAUUGUUGCCUUGAUUUUCUAUGCCUACUUAUCGGUUUUUUGGAUUUUGGGGUUGGUUAGAACGGUGAUGGAAGAGAGUUGUUAUGGAAUUGAGGCGCUCGGAAAAGCUGCGACACUAAUUAAGGGCAAGAGGCUACAAGGGUUUGUUCUGCAGUUUCUCUUCAUGCUAAUAUCUGUGAUUGAGGUCCAGGGGUUGAGCAUGAUUAAUGUGAAACAAUCCCAAGUGAAUUAUACAAUUAUUGUGUUGGUUAUGAUAUUUUUCGGGCUUCUUGUGAAGAUGUUUCAGUUUAUUGCCUAUACAGUGUUAUACUUCCAGUGCAAGAAGAUCCAUGGUGAAGAGAUUGAAGUUCAUGGAAGUAUAGAAUAUAGUAAAUUGCCUACUACUUCAUCACUUGUUAGUGAAGAUAUACCAUGA